AGAAUAACAAGGCUGCUCGCUAAUUCCCGUCUAUCGGGGCUUUCGCCGAAGCACCGAGAGAGAGUAGGGUCCAGAAAAGAAAAAAAAAAUCCAACAGGGCAGGCAAGACCGCCUCGCCGCCGUUGUCCGCACCCCAGAAUGGCUUCGGGAGAUCUUUACGAGGUGGAGCGGAUUGUGGACAAGAGGCGAAACAAGAAGGGUAAAUGGGAGUACCUGAUCAGAUGGAAAGGUUAUGGACGUAAGGAGGACACCUGGGAACCGGAGCAUCACCUGCUGCACUGUGAGGAAUUCAUCGACCAGUUCAACAGCUCAAGAUGGCAUUCACACAAACGACCUAAGAUACCAAAAAACCACGCGGAGCCCCUCACAACCAGCCAGCAUUCGGCUACAGAAAACUCCCGGGCACGGUCUGAAGCCCGUAAGAAGAAAAGGACUAGUGGUCCAGCUGUGGGGAUGAGAGUUGGAACCGUUUUAGGAAUUGCAAGUGGAGGGUCAGGACUCUCUCAUAAACAGAAGAAAGUAGGUGCUGGAGCUGGGAAACCUCCUUUAGCGGAGAGAAUGAGCAAAGCCAUGACUUACAAGGCUCAUCCAUCAAGUGGGCCUCACUGUGUUGCCCUGUUGAGGGUUCCUCACAAUGGACUUCAGAACGGAGAGAUGGAGCCUCUUGUGUACAGUACAGCACCAAGGUCACACAGGCUGCCUUCAGACAGGGUGGAAACAGAACUAGGACAAAAAGAUACCACUGGAUCACAGUUCACUACUGAACUAGGCGCACCUCUCGCCAGUGAGAAAAUGCAUCUGCACAGCUCAGUAAAGAGGAAGUUGGCGGAGGAGAAAGGCUACGUGUUUGACAAGCGGCUCAGGUAUAACGUGCGACAGAACGAGAGCAACUGUCGAUUCAGAGACAUUGUGGUCAGGAAGGAGGAGGGCUUCACGCAUGUCCUGCUCUCCAGCCAAACCACAGACAACAAUGCUCUAACACCAGAGAUCAUGAAGGAAGUCUGUCGAGCUUUGGGGAUUGCUGCUGCUGAUGACAGCAAGCUGCUACUCCUCAGCUCUGUGGGGACAGUUUUCUGCAGUGGUCUGGAGCCCUCCUACCUCAUAGGGCGUCUGUCCACUGACCGCAGAAAAGAGAGCAGCCGAAUCGCCGAAGCUGUACGGGACUUUGUAUUGGCGUUUAUCCACUUCAAGAAGCCGAUUGUUGUGGCAAUAAACGGGCCGGCUUUGGGUUUGGGGGCAUCCAUCCUGCCUUUGUGUGACGUAGUGUGGGCUAGUGAGAGGGCGUGGUUCCAAACGCCAUGUGCAGCCCUCCACCUCACCCCCUCUGGAUGCUCCUCUUACACCUUUCCUCAGAUUCUGGGUGUAGCUUUGGCCAAUGAGAUGCUGUUCUGUGGAAGGAAACUCACAGCACAAGAAGCAUGUAGUCGAGGUCUGGUAUCACAGGUUUUCUGGCCAACCACAUUUAACCAAGAGGUGAUGCUGCGCGUUAAAGAAAUGGCGUCAUGCAAUGCUUUGGUUUUAGAAGAGUCUAAAUGCUUGGUGAGAAGCAUUCUCAUCUCAGUGCUAGAAGAAGUGAAUGAGAAAGAGUGUCAGAUGCUGAAGCAGCUGUGGUGUUCAACCAAAGGACUGGAGGCGCUCUUCAGCUACGUGCACAAUAAGACCAGUGAAAAGUAACCAUGCGGAGUCUGAAGGACAAAUCCGGUUGACGCGGCUCUGAGGCUGCGUGUGCAGGGAUGAUUGAGAAGAGGAUGCUGGGAUUUCCAACGCUACUGAGAGUCAUUGAUUCACUCCAUCAGAGAAUAGUUUCUGGACUUUUGUCUUCUUGUCUUUAAAAACAAGAUACAUUUUUUGUACAAGGGCUUCUUUUUUAGACCCACGCUGUACCAACUUCCACGUUCUUCAUGUAGCUGUCGAAGCCGAGUAUACAUCACUUAGGGACUGUCGCAUAGUAAUCUCACUGCAAAUAAUAAAGAAAUCAUAUAUAUUAUUAAUAUAUUCAUAUAUUUAUUUCAGAUGUAUAAAUUUGUUGUUUUCUGUAUUUGAGCUGCAUUUUCAGAGGUUUUUAUUAUGCUCACUUAUGUCUUGAGUUGAAGGGUAAACCAAAGUCUGGUUUAGCAGUCUAUUUGGUUUUUGACAUGCACUUUCACAUUCACUCCCACGUAUGAAAUCUAAAACAAACCCUACUGCUGCUAGUAAAUCAGUCCGAGGGAUUGUUCAAUAGUUGAGGUCAAUAAGUACCACAAUUUAAUAAAAAUUAUGAAAAGAUUACUAAACGACCUCAAUGUGGAUGUGUCUAAGCAUCAACAAACAGACCACAAUGAUUCAUUCAAAUUUAAAGUUAUUUUCAUUCAACCAGGCAAAUGGAAGGAUGCAGUUAUUAUUUUUUUUUAACAAAAAAAACGGCACAGUCCAGUUUUACUUAGACCAUUUUCAAACAGCAAAAUAUUAUUUGGUAUUGCAGCAAUUAAAUUCGUCCUUUAACUGUUGACCAGCAUUUUUUUUUUAUGUUUUCACUGGUGUUUUAACAAUUUUUUUUUGUGAUGAGCUGCAAGUCUGAAGUUGGAAAGCCUCCAUCCCAUCUGUGCCCUUCCCCUUAGCGCCCUCCACAGACUUUCUCAAAGAUUACUUCCAAUCAGAAGAAACUUGGUCAAAUUAAAAUAUUACUUGAAAUUUAAUUCUGCCUCAGGUAUAAAUGAGUUUAGUUGUGAAAAGUCAACAUGUCUUCUUUCUUCUUUUCAGAUUGUAUAAUCAUGAAUUAUAAAUUAUAAUUGUUUGAAAUGACAUAUUUUACCAAAUUUUUGUGAAUCUUAAAAAGUAACGAUAAAAAAUAACACUAAUCUGUCCAAUUCCCUUAUAGUUCUACUUAUAUAAUCCAAUAAAUUAUUUGUGGUGUUGGAAUUAUCAGUUAAGAUAAAUUGUGUGGGUUAUUGGGGAGAUGUGAAAGGGUUUUAAUUGCUUGACACUCAGUAACUAAAGUAUUUUUUUAGGAUGAAUAAAAAUGUAAAAAAAUAGAAAAUAAUAAUUUAAAAAAAAACUUUGUCUUAGGAUGUCAGUAAAAAUGUAAAAAUUCAACAUUUGUCACUUGAGUCAGCCUGGCCCGGGUCUGCAUGUAACAAUGGAGGAUUUCAUGGAAUCUGAUAUUUUGCAAAAAUGUAUUAUAUUAAGGGAUCUAUUUUGCUUUACCAAAGUGUAUAUGUAUGUAGGUCUGUGUAAGUCGUUUAGUAAGAGAUGUCAAUAAUUUUACAGUGAAGAGGUAUUUGCAUGUACUAUAUCGUAUUGUACGUACUUCAGGGUAUGUUUUUGUAGCAUUGUAAGUAUUUUUGUAUUUAUUUUAGAUAAUAAUAAUUAAGGUGGUGAAGUGUCAUGUGGCUUCCCUUUGCUUUCAGUAGCACUGCGGCACUUUUCAUCCGUCUAAGCCUAACUUAUAUGCCCCAGGGUUUGCCCUCGGAUAAAUUCAGAGUAAAAACUGAUUUUAAAAAGUUUUUGUGUUGAUUAUUUUUAUUGUAAUUGAUCAGAUGAAAGUCAAUUUCUCAUCUUUUGUGUUUUAUUCAAACCUAUGGAUGAGAACAGCUUGAGAAAAUGAGGUUUGUUGGAUUUUAAACAUAAAACUGUUUAUGUAAUGACAUAAACCUGCUUUUGGUUAUGGAUUGAAGGGAAUUAUGCAGAUUUUUUUUUUUUUUUUACCAAAUGACAAAAGCUGAAUUAAAAUUUUUAAUCAAAGUGAGGAACAUCACAAAACAAGGAUAUAUUCCCAGAAUUUGUUUUAACAAGUAAUUCCUGGGAGUUUGUAAUCACUAGAUAUGACUGUAAAUAUCAGAUGACAGAAUAUGAUAAGAUGAUAACUCUGAGAUUAAGUAAGCAGGACCCUCAUGCUGUGACUUCUGUGUCAGUGAAUGCAAAUCACUACAUUCUGGUGACUUUCUGGCAUAUCGAUUCUCUAAAAUGAGGUUUUAUCUAUCUAUUUAUUUCUUUAUUUAUUUUGUUUUAUAAAUGUAUCCAAACUUGUCUAUUUAGACAUGUUUCUAACAGGACUUCAGAUCUAAAUGUUCAUGUUUAAACUGCUUGAUAAUUGAAGACAAUCGUUUGUUACUUUUGCCCCAUUGUUGAUCAUAAAUGACCAUAUUCCCA